GGCGGCGGCGGCCGGGCCGGCUCGCGGCGUCUCCUCAGCGGUGGCGCCCGCUCACGCCUCGGUCGCGCCGUGUCGCCGACAUGUCGCCCGCUAUCGCGGCUAAGGAGGGCGGCCGGCAGCGCCGGGCCGGGAGCCACCAGCACUGUCUGGACGUGAGGAGCGAGGCGCCGCCCGCCCUGGCUCUCUGCGGGGACGGGCUGCCGGGCGGGGAGGCCGAGGCGCUGCUGCCGCCGGAGCCGGGGGUGAGGGGGGCGCGGGGGUGCCGAGCGGAGCUGGGCAGUAUCCUGCUGCUUCUGGUGCUGUACGUACUGCAGGGCAUCCCGCUGGGGCUGGCGGGCAGCGUCCCCCUCAUCCUGCAGAGCAAGAGCGCCAGCUACACCGACCAGGCCUUCUUCAGCUUCGUCUUCUGGCCCUUCAGCCUCAAGCUGCUCUGGGCCCCCUUGGUGGACGCUGUCUACCUGCGGGGCUUUGGCCGCCGCAAGUCCUGGCUGGUGCCUACGCAGUAUGUCCUGGGGAUCUUCAUGAUCUACAUGUCCACCCAGGUGGACGUGCUGCUGGGCGACGGGGAGGGCCGGGGCCCUGACGUGGUGGCCCUCACUGUGACUUUCUUCCUCUUCGAGUUCCUGGCAGCGACACAGGACAUUGCGGUGGACGGCUGGGCCCUAACCAUGUUGUCCAGGGAGAACGUGGGCUACGCCUCCACCUGCAACUCCGUGGGCCAGACGGCCGGCUACUUUCUGGGCAACGUCCUCUUCCUGGCCCUCGAGUCGGCCUCCUUCUGCAACAAGUACCUACGGUUCCAGCCCCAGCCUGAAGGGAUUGUUACCCUCUCAGAUUUCUUGUUUUUCUGGGGAGCUGUCUUUUUAAUUACCACUACACUAGUUGCCCUUUUGAAAAAGGAAAACAAAGAACUAACACCAACAAAAGAGGAAACAAAAGGCAUCACUGAUACAUACAGGCUGCUAUUCUCAAUAAUCAAGAUGCCAGCAGUGCUUACUUUCUGUCUCUUGAUUCUCACAGCAAAAGUUGGAUUUUCAGCAGCAGAUGCUGUAACAGGACUCAAACUGGUGGAAGAGGGAGUCCCGAAAGAGCACUUGGCUCUGCUAGCAGUUCCAAUGGUUCCUUUACAGAUAAUACUGCCUCUGAUUAUCAGCAAAUACACAGCAGGCCCCCAGCCACUGAACACAUUUUACAAAGCCAUGCCUUUCAGACUACUGCUUGGUCUGGAAUUUGCUUUUUUGGUAUGGUGGACUCCUCAAGUGAAACAUGAAGGAGGAUUUCCUGUCUACUACUAUGUUGUAGUAUUGUUGAGUUAUGCUUUACAUCAGAUCACGCUGUAUAGCAUGUAUGUUGCCAUCAUGGCUUUCAACGCCAAGGUCAGCGAUCCGCUGAUCGGAGGGACCUACAUGACGCUCCUAAAUACUGUGUCAAACCUGGGGGGGAACUGGCCUUCCACCGUUGCGCUCUGGCUUGUGGACCCACUCACGGUGAAAGAGUGUGCUGGGGCCCAGGAACAGACCUGUGGAACUACAGCUGCUGCAGAACUUUGCACAAAAGCUGGUGGCUCCUGUGUGACGGCCUUGGACGGUUACUACGUGGAAUCUGUCGUCUGCGUCAUUCUGGGAUUUGGCUGGUGGUUCCUACUUGGGCCAAAAUUUAAAAAGCUGCAGGACGAAGGACAGUCUUCGUGGAAGUGCAAGAGGACCAAUUGAUGCAGUUUAAAUAUUGGAUGGACUAGCAAGGUCAUUUUAGUUUUAUUACAGAGACAUAUCCCAUAAUCAAUAAACAGGAAAAUAGGUAUUUUUAAAUGCCAUAUCGCUGAAAAAAUGGGUGGCAGAGCCAGUGGUAUGUUUGUAUGUGAUACCACUUGCCCUCCCAAUAGGGAAAUGUAAGUUCAGAAAGUAAUUGUUAAAAAAUACCACCUACGUACUACAUACAUAUCCCCGAGCUCUAGCUUCCGAGUCCUGGUCUGCAUUUCCAUCUCCUAACUGUGGAAAAGCUAACCCUGCCCGUCUGUCGGAACGGCAGCGCUGCCCGCUGAGUUCCAACUCUGUGCAAAGAGAAAUGACCUGACCCAGGGAAGGAUGUCAAAGGCAUUUGGACUUGUAGGUUAAGUGUGUUGUACUAGGGAAUUCCUUGUGGGAAGAGAAACGUUAAGAUGUCUGGGGGCUUUGUUUCUUCUCACUUUCUGAACUGUAACCACACCUCCAAGGAUGAAAUGUUUCAGAGAUUCUUUUAAGUGUAUUUUCUGGCUUUUAUAAGCUUUAAAGAUUUAUAAGAAAAUAUUUUUAUAAACAAAUUACCUUUGUUUAAUUUAUUUCUGCUGUUUCAAAGCAUUUUGAUUUACAUUCAAGGAACUUGAUGAAAAAUUGCUGUGAGGUAGGACUUGAGUACCGCACAGUACUCUACGCCCUGAGUCCUGAAGAUGCAGGUGGGUGGCGCAGCAGCGAGCGCACAGCAGGCUUCCGCAGAGGGGCACGCCGGCCUUCCGGCAGCGGUGGUUGGUUGAGGGCCUGAACUGAUAGUGUUGGCUCCUCUACGGCACUAAAAUUUGAACAUUCAAUUUCAAAAUCAGUGGGAAAAACGUGACUUUUCCCAGCUAGGGGGAAGAAAAGAUGAUCAGUGCCUUUGAAAGUGAUUUGGUGAUGACCAAACUUGCCAAGUUCCCAGUGAGUCCGUGUACGACUUGCUGUCACAGAAAUCAGAUGAGCUAAAUCCUGUGGUAGAGCUGCUACGGAAAUUUAUUACUGAUGCUGUGUAGUGGAAACAUUCCUGUUGCAUUUAUCAAAACCCACUCCUCUCCCGAGUGCCUUAGUGACGUACAGCAAGCGUACUGUGCGCCUAGAGAGGGGGCACUUGGACACCGUUGGAUGUAUACAGUACAUCAUUAUUAAAAAAGAAAACUAUUAAAAAUACCUUUGGAAGGUACAUGAUUUUCUUUUCCAUUCCGUGUUUCUUGCCUUGUCAGUGUUGGAAGUAUUGCAUCCCGAGCUUGGCGGUCCAAACUCUGGAGGGGGUUGUGGAUCUUUUGUUACUGUAUGUUUCAGGAAAAAAGUAAAUCCCUACCAGCUUUUGACUGACUAGAGGUGCCGUGCGGGUGUGUACAAGGUGUCUGCAUAACCCGAGGAGUAAGAAGGUGUCCAGGUGAGGCCGGUGUGUUCGAGUGCUGCCUCCCCCUCUGUCCCUGCCCCUCUCCCUGCUCCCUCAUCCCCUUGGCGCUCAGUGGGAAGACCGCAGCACGGGCUCACAAUUUUGUUUCAAAGUCAGCGAGCUAAAUACAGUCACUUUGGUUUUACUCCCCAAACUAGAAGUCUUCCAGUUGCAGCUCUGUGUAAGCACAAAGAGAAACAGUCGUUGCUUUGUAGUCGAAGGUGGAUUCAUCUUCCAGUCCUACAGCCCCUCACCGCAUUAACUAAGCACGAGGCGCUUCGGUUCUGGGUCUUUACUGGAGCAAUGGGCCGCUUUAACUGCAUCUUGUCUGUACCUAGAGAAGUUUUUUUUUAACUUUUCUGACUUUCAGGAAAAAAUUCUCAAGUGCAGAAUACGGGAAAUGAAAUGACUAGGUGGUUUAGAAUUGGCUUUUUACUUUGCAAUUUUGUUUCACUAUUUCUGAAGGUGCCAGUGUUAAUAAAGAUGGGUUGCAGAUUGCUUAUCACUGUAUUAGAUGAUCUCAACCACAUCAAAAUUAAACAUAAACUCCAAAUCAGUAGUGAUGGGUAUGGAGUGUGACUCAGAUUAAAUAACUGUCUCCUCUUUUAAACUAGAGAAACAAUUGAUGGAUUAGUUUUUUAAUCUAGGUUGCUAUUUUGUAAUGCAAGUCAGAAACGUUGCUGCUAUACCAGCUGCUUAGCAGGUUGCUGAAAUGAACCAGUAAACUUGUGGUCUUGCUAAUUUUUCUCUCCCAAUGCUAUUUUAAAGUGAAAUAAUUUAUUUUGUUGAAAUAUUAGAAUUAUUGUAGGCGUAGAUAUCUUUAACAUUAAAAAAAAAAAAGCGAACAAACAAACCCACCUUUUUAAAAAGACAAGAAGAAAGAAGCACCCCAACCUCUUCCUGGUGAGUCUGUUGCUGAACUGGGAACUGGAGAUGGUGGAUGGUACCGGGGCUCCGUGUCCUGCCUGGCAGAAAUUGGAUUUUUGUAGGCAAAGGGCUUGUCCUGGUCUGGCUUGGGGAGGAGAGGUGGAGCCCGGCUCUGCCCCGCGGUGCCCGUGGCUCCUCGGAGCCCCUCGUUGCUGUUUCCCAAGGCUGCCUUCAGCAGGCAAACACCCGCGCUCCAAAAUUCCCUUUGGCAAGCCCAGCGCCCAGAAAGAGGGGCUGGAGGCAAAGCUGAGCUGCGGGAGGUGCCCCAGCUGCUGCUGUGCCAGGGCCCUGCCCGUCCCACCGCCGGCGGAUCCCUCCACCACCCGCCCGGCGUUUGGCCCCCGGGACGGCCGCCGGAGGGGCUGUCAACGCUUCUUCCCUUUCCAUAAAAGCCUCUCGUUCCGUUGUCUUCCGGGUUUCGCAGGGUGGCUGCUCAGAUGAUUUUUGAGCAGAUAAAAUAGGGGAAGAGGAGAGUUGUGUCGCUGAGGAAGUCAAGAGUCCUUCCCCUGAGGAAGGCAGAGCCUCCCCCCGCGGCGGGGAGCGGAGCGGCUGAGGCUCCGAAACAGCGAUAUUGCCCGACUCUCAACCCACCCCUGCUGAGGCAAAGCUAGCGUUGUCCCACCAUUUAGCAGCAUGUAGCAAUAUUUAGCAUUUUGCCCAAACAUUUGGCAAUAUUUAGUUUUUUAGCCAACGUACAAAUUGUAGCAAAGUUGGCAGCGUGCGUCCAAAUUGUUUGGCGAUAAGUUACGGUUUUGCUGAAAGCAAGGUUUUGCACUAUUUCUAUUUUUGUUACUUAAUCUUAAAAUCUUCCCAUCCAGUAGAUAAAGUGAACAACUACUGCCUUCUAUGAAAAAAAAAAACCAAACAAAAACCAGAACAAAAAAAAUCAACAAAACAGGAGUAGUAUUUCCUUGCCCAAUUUACCACAUAGCUGGUAAUUUAAGAAUUGUUUUAGUCUGAACCUUAGAGAAAAAGUUUUGAUUCAAGUGUGGGGUUUGCUGCCUUGGAUUAUAAAUGCCCAACUAAAUCUGCUCUCUCCCUGAAAUCCUGAGUUGUGGCUGUUAUCGGUGUCGUCUCGUAUGUGGCCUGUUCAAUACAGAAACCCAGAACGGGGCUGAAAUGGAAGACUUGUGUAAACGUAAAUCCAGUUUUAUGUCCUUGUCCGAUUAUGUUCUUACAACGCCUGUAUUUCUUUGAAGACCAUACGGGUGCAUUGCACAGAUGGGCAUUUGAUUCAGCUGGGGGAAAGGGCUGGCUUGAGCCCUUGGGUGGUGAAUGACGAAUAUUUGUUAGUUUUGAAUUAAGGGAGAGGAAUAAACAACAGUGCUGAAUAGCGGAAUGUUCCAAA